AUGCGCCGCUACAGGUCUGGCGGCCCGGUGCGCGGCCAUGGCGCCGUCGCUGUGCCUGAUUCUUUCGCCAUGGUACGCGCCUUCGACAGCGACUCCAACCCCGCGAGACCCAUUCGACCUUCACCGCUCGCUGCGAGCACGAUCCAUGGCCUGCCUCUCGACCUCCUCGACCGCCUCCGCUCCUUCCCUCUCUUUCAGGCCGCCCCUGACUCCUUCCUCGCCGCCAUCGGUAUGCAUCUCAAGCCAGCACUCUACCAGACACACGACACCGUCCUCACCGAGGGCGAGACGGGCAAGGCCAUGUACUGGCUCGUCCGCGGCGCAAUGCGCGUCACCUCGCGAGACCAGGAGAGCACAUUCGCUGAGCUGAAGCCUGGUGCUUUCUUCGGCGAGAUUGGCAUCCUCAUGGAUAUUCCUCGCACGGCCACCAUCAUCGCAAACAUGCGCUCGCUGGUCGUGCGUCUGAACAAAGAGGAUCUCAUGAAGGAGCUGCCCAAGUUCCCAGAGGUCCAACGAGCCAUCAUGGACGAGGCCAAGGAGCGUCUCGCCAUCCUUGAGCGCAAAAAGAAGGAACUGGGCGGUGGCAGCAAGCGACCAGCGAUUCCCGUACGGCAGAUCACAGGAAAACGCGAUCGCGAAGACGGCGAUGUAGUCAUGGCAGAGAGCGGCACACUGCGCGACGGAGAAGUGGUGAAUGCCUACAAGAAAAGGAAAUCACCGAGUCCAAGCCUGACGGAAGCCGCAGCCCACAGCGCCUUUGGCAGCAUAGACGUACAUGUUCGAUCGCUACUGAAAGAGCUGCCACUGUUCUCUGAGCUGCCUGACGAGAUUCUCCACUUUCUUGGUAUGCGUGCUCAGCCAUGCUCGUUCCCUCCCUUCUACGACAUCAUCAGGCAGGGAACAUCAGGACGCGACGUCUACUUCAUAGUCAAGGGCGAAGUGGAGAUUGUCAAUGUGAAACCUGCCCAAAACAAUGGCCACGCAGCCUUCGACCAAGGCAGACGGAGAUCAAUAGCCGCUGGCGAGCACAACUUCCAUGAGGUGAAGGCUCGGUUGAGGGGAGGACAGUAUUUCGGCGAAGUCGUCAGUCUCUCCCUAGCACCGCGCCGUACGGCUACCGUGCGAUCGGUAUCAUCCGUCGAGUGCCUCAUGAUCAGCGGAGAUACCCUCAGCCAGUUGUGGGAUAAAUGCACGCCAGAUGUACGUCGGCAGGUGGAGUCAGUGGCCAAAGAGCGGCUUGAGACUGCAAAAGACAACGACGUGCACAUGUCCGACUCAGAAAGCACACCGAAGAUCAACGAGCUGGCUAUCGCAGACACGAAGCGCCCACGGACGCCAAGAAGAAAAGAGAGUGUUCCAACGGUGACCUUCAGCGAUCUUCCUGAUGUUGACACGCCAGUCACUCCGCCACGGAGAGAUGAGAAGAUGAUGGAGCCUUAUGAUCCGGACCCAUUCCUCAAUCUUGACUUAGACAACGUCCGGUCCAGAUCGAGACGGGGUUCACUUGCCCCUCCACCACCAGACUCGCCCUCAAGUCCCACCAAGACUAGCUUCUCUUCAAAAGACCCAUCCCCAAUUGGCUCACCUCUAGGCACGCCUCUAGGCACGCCUCUCCCGCUAUCACCUAUACCUAAACACGCGUCCACCCCACCCGAACCUGCUUUUGACUUCAAACGCCCGCGCAUGAUAAGGAAACCGAGCAGAUUUAGCAGAGGCCGUCUUCCGGACUCUGUUCUGACCAACAUCUUCAGGAAUUUCGAUUUGUACGAAUUGAUGCAACUGCGACAGAUAUCGUCACACUGGCACAAACUCAUCUCUACCUCGCCCGAUGUCCUCCACGACCUCGAUCUUGCCAAGUACAACCGCAAAGUCACGGACCGCACGCUGAUCGACGUCAUCUGCCCUUUCGUUGGCACUCGACCCAAGCAUAUCAACAUGAGCAAUUGCUUCCACGUAACAGACGAGGGCUUCGGCGAACUGGCAAAGACGUGCGCUGCUGGCGUGAAGAUCUGGCGAAUGAAGAGCGUCUGGGACAUCACCGGUCCUGCAGUACUUGAGAUGGUGCAGAAGGCCAAGGGACUGGAAGAGGUCGACCUUAGCAACUGCAGAAAGGUCGGUGACAACCUUCUUGCACGUGUGAUUGGAUGGGUUGUACCGGAUCAUCCCCCUCAGAUGGCGGUGGCGCAGGCACACAAUCAGGCACAGGCAAACAGCCGUCAUAAGGGCAAGGGUGGAGCGAGCGGUCAGCCAGCACCAGCACCCCUGCCUCCUGGUACCGUUGUCGGCUGCCCGAAGUUACGACGCCUUACUUUGAGCUAUUGCAAACACAUCACAGAUCGAUCGAUGGCACACAUCGCGGUUCACGCAGCUAACCGCAUCGAGUCGAUUGACCUCACGCGAUGCACCACCAUUACAGACAUUGGGUUCCAACACUGGAGUGUGUAUCCCUUCCCGCGACUGCAGAAGCUAUGUCUUGCCGACUGCACCUAUCUGACCGACAAUGCGAUCGUCUACCUGACAAAUGCGGCCAAAGGGCUGAGGGAAUUGGACCUAUCGUUCUGCUGUGCUCUCUCAGACACUGCAACAGAGGUUCUUGCUCUUGGCCUGCCUAACCUUACGCACCUCAACCUCGCCUUUUGCGGUUCUGCGGUUUCGGAUACAUCGCUCCGUUGCAUCUCGCUGCACUUGCUCGAGCUUCGAAACCUAUCUGUACGCGGUUGCGUACGGGUAACCGGCACAGGGGUCGAAGCCGUAGUGGAGGGCUGCAGGGACCUUGAGGUAUUUGACGUUAGUCAGUGCAAGAAUCUGGGACGAUGGCUCGAGGCAGGAGGUGUUGAGAUGGUUAGACAGAGAGGCCGCAGGGUCAAGUUCGAGACGGUCGCGGAUGGUAGGUGGCGCGUGGGCCAGCAGCCGCUCUGA